AUGGAGGAGUCUGUUCCCGAUACCCCCGUGGGCGACAAGAAAGUCGUUCACAGUACGCCGACCAAGGACGAUGCAGAAUAUGAGACGGUUGCCACCGUCCCUGUCUCCCAUUUCCAGCCACUUGCAACCCAAUCCUUGACCCCUGCCACCCAGCGCUACACGCAACCUACUCAACUCGUUGAAGUUCCUUACUCCGCAAAAAGCAAUUCUGUCGUCCAGGUCGCUGCAUCCUCGCCCCCAGGCCCGAAUUCCUCCCCCUCUCGUCCGACUCCGAACGGCGGCCGUCUCUCCAGUGUAAUGGCCCCUGCUGGAACCAGCUUCCGUCCUCCUGUGACUGCCGGCCCGGCCAAGCGUGCGCCUGUAAUAGACCUGGAAGACGGUCCAACCUAUCGCGGGGGCUCGUCGGACGACGACGGCCAAACCACAAGGAGCACCGACAUUAAACCCGCCAUGUUCGCUAAAUCAUCGGACAAGGUGGCGGACUCGCCUUUGGAUCGGUUCAAAGAGAUAACCACCUCCGCGGUCUAUAAUCCAUCUAGUGCGAAGCGCCCGGCAGCUCAAAUGGAUCCCACGCCGCGAGGCAUGGCCGUGAAAAAGGUCCGACAGGAGGGCCCCUCGCGUGCUCAGCCAGUCGAUUUCAGUCUUUCGUCAUUGCAGGAUAUUGAUGACUACCAGUCCCGGGUCAAGGUGGAGAGGAUGAUGAAGGUCAUGCCGCACAAGUCUGUCCACGCCUGCAUACAGGCGCUCGUCUUGAAGCGUGGAAACUACGAGGAUGCUCUGGAACAUCUGGCGAAGUCAGAGAAAGCCGAAUCUUCAGAGGACGAGCUGACGAUGGAUAAGCGGGCAUCACCCGUUGCGCCAGCGAAGCAACAGAUCAAGGCGCGGGGAACCAUCCAAGACAAGUGGUCCGCCAUGAACUUGCAGAGGACUCUAUCGGCUCAGAAGCCGCCAUCACAACCGUCGCAAAUAUCGCAGGAUGACGCCAAACCGCGGAGACGUCUGAUGAGAGGGCCCAAGUCUCGGGCGUCCUCCCCUAGCCCGGUUCGCUCUCAACCCCGUGCCGAGACACCCCCUAAGAAAACUGGUCGUCUGGUCCAGGGACGGAAGCCCGUGUCGCCUCAACGCUCGGAGUCUCCCGAAGCCAUGAUAAUCUCAGAUGAUUCCGAUUCCGGCAUCGAAGAGGUACAAGGAGAUGGCCAGCUGGAGACGAAAGUCUUGAAUUUCUUCAACAAAUGCAGCGUUCUCGAGCUUGCUGAUAUCGCCGCAAUCACCGAGGACGUCGCAAAACAUGUCAUAUCGUUCCGACCGUUCAGAUCACUGGACAAGGUCCGCGCUGUUCCUGCCCCCACAAAGGAAGAGACGAAGCCGAAGGGUAGCCGGGGUCGUAAAACGCCCAAGCCAAUUGGCGAUAAGAUUGUCGACAAAUGCCUUGAUAUGUGGGUUGGUUAUGAAGCGGUGGAUUCUCUGGUUGCCCGAUGUGAGGCGCUCGGAAGACCGGUCGCGGCAGAGAUGAAGAAAUGGGGCGUGGAUGUGUUUGGAAAGAAAGAGGGAGAAUUGGAGCUGGUAUCCAUCAAUCCUAGAGACGCUCAGUCUCAGUCCCAUGAUUCCGGCAUAGGGACUCCUGCUAGCCAGCGCUCCGAGGAUGACAGCGAUGGUCCUGCGCCUGGUCCGCGUAAGGCCCGCUUCAUCUCUCAGCCCGGCAUCAUGCGUGAGGAUUUGAAGAUGAAGGAUUACCAGAUAGUGGGCAUCAAUUGGCUGUCCCUUCUCUUUGAGAAAGAUCUGAGCUGUAUCUUGGCCGACGACAUGGGACUUGGAAAGACCUGUCAAGUGAUUGCCUUUUUGGCGCAUUUGUUUGAGAAGGGGAUUAAAGGGCCACAUCUCGUCGUGGUGCCCUCGUCGACGAUUGAGAACUGGCUCCGAGAGUUUCAAAAGUUCUGUCCCACCCUCUCUGUCAUGCCUUACUAUGCUGGUCAGGCAGAGCGGGCUGUGAUUCGAGAGACGAUCGAAGACAACCGGGAUAGCAUCAACGUCAUUAUCACCACCUAUACGAUCGCCAAGGGCAAGGUUGACGCUCAUUUCCUCCGCCACAUGGACUUUUGCGCUUGCGUCUACGAUGAGGGCCACAUGCUGAAGAGCAGCACCUCAGUCCUCUACGAAAAGCUCAUCCGCAUUCCGGCUCGCUUCAGGCUCCUCUUGACGGGUACGCCGCUGCAGAACAACCUUCAGGAACUCGCAUCAUUGCUAGGCUUCAUCCUGCCGAAAGUGUUCCAGGAACGCAAAGAUGAGCUGCAGUACAUCUUCGCGAAUAAAGCGAAGACAGUGGACGAAUCGCAUUCGGCUCUUCUUUCUGCGCAACGAAUUGAACGAGCAAAGUCCAUGUUGAAACCUUUUGUAUUGCGACGUAAGAAGCACCAGGUUAUUGAUUUGCCUGCGAAGAUCUCCCAUGUCGAAUACUGCGAGAUGAACGUUGCGCAACGAGAGAUCUACGACCAUGAGCAGGAGGAGGUGCGCAAGCUGUUGGCCGACCGCGCAGCCGGGAAAAAGACGGGCAACAAGUCCGCCAACAUCCUCAUGAAGCUCCGACAAGCAGCCAUCCACCCCUUGUUAUACAGACGCCACUAUGAUAACGCCACUCUGAGCCGUAUGGCCAAGGCUUGUCUGAAGGAAGAACAAUGGUCUCAGUCGAACCCUGAUAUCAUCUACGAGGAACUCCAGGCAUACAACGACUUCGAAUGCCACACCAUGUGUGUAACACAUCCCCAUUCACUGGGCAAAUUCGGUCUCAAGAACCACGAGUGGAUGGAUUCGGGCAAGGUGGACAAACUUUGCGAACUACUUAAGCGGUUCGAAGAGAAUGGUGACCGUGCCUUGGUCUUUUCUCAAUUCACGUUAGUCAUGGAUAUUCUCGAGAAUGUCCUCGAACACCAACAUAUCGGUUUCGUCCGACUGGAUGGAAGAACAAACGUUGAAGACCGCCAGUCCAUCUUGGACGCAUUUCACGAGCGAACUGAAAUCCCGGUCUUCCUCCUUUCCACCAAAGCCGGCGGUGCAGGAAUCAACCUGGCUUGUGCCAACAAAGUCAUCAUCUUCGACUCCAGCUUCAACCCCCAGGAGGACGUCCAGGCCGAGAACCGUGCCCACCGUGUCGGCCAGACCCGCGAAGUGGAAGUAAUCCGUCUCGUGACCAAGGACACCAUCGAGGAGCAAAUCUACGCCCUCGGACAGACCAAGCUCGCGCUCGACCAAGCCGUCGCCGGCGAGGACGCCGCGGAGUCCAAGAAGGCCGAAGACGCGGGCAUGAAAGUGGUCGAGGACAUGGUUCUUGCCGAUAUGAAGGAUCACGACAACCCCAAUGACUCCUAA